UACCUACUGCUCUCUCUCGGAUUUUAACAUGGGCGGUUCCCAGUCUGGACGAGUGCAUGUUUUCCAAGAUCUCGCUGAUAAAACCGGCUUUUCCAUUGAGCAAGUCCGAAAUCUCCAUGACAGAUUUAUGUACCUGACAAAAGAUGAGGACACUUUAAGACGAGAACACUUUGACAGUAUUAGUUAUUUGGCUUUCAACCCAAUCCGGAGAGAGAUCAUUGAUGCGUUCUUUGAUAAAAGGAACUUGGGUCAAAAUGAGGUAGGCUGUCUGCAGGAAAUCGAAUUUGAGGAAUUCCUGACCAUCCUGGCCUUCUUCAGACCACUCAAACCACAUGCUACUGAAGAGGAGAUAGAAAACAUCAGGAGAGCCAAAUUACGCUUUCUAUUCAACAUGCAUGACACCGACAAUGAUGGCAUUAUCACAUUGGACGAAUAUAGACUUGUGGUGGAGAAGCUGCUGUUCAGCUAUGAAACUAUAGACUCAGAAAAUGCCAAGGCUAUUUCAGAUGCUGCAAUGCUGGAAGUCGCCAGUGUCACAAUGGGUCAGAUGGAUCCAGAUGAAUUUUAUGAGGGAAUAACCUUUGAGCAUUUCCUGCAGAUUUUAAAAGGCUUAGAGAUCGAGACCAAAAUGCACAUUCGCUUUCUGGACACAACAACAGUGCAAUGUUUAAAAAAAGAGUAAUUUGCUCUUUAGAUGAGCACAACGUCUUUAUUUGAGACAUCAAAUUCUCAAAUCGGCCCUAGAAGUGCCUGACAAUUUCAACCCUUAUUAUUGAGUUUACUUACUCUGAUAUGUCUUAUAAACGGGCCAAAUGUGUUUGUAUACAAAAUGUUUUUGGGACAAAUGUAUAUAAAAAUGUAUGAAUGCCAUUGCAUUAGAUAACAAAAUAUCAAACCAAGUGGGAUUCACAAAAAAAAUAAAAAAGCACAAGCACUCACUUCAAUUAAAACAUCUAAAAUAUAGUUUGUUGGGUUUUAAAUUUUAAAACAAAAGAUAUACUGCUCAAAACUAAGACAAAAAGUAAUACAUAGUGGAACAUGUUCAUAGUCAAUAUGAUGAACUACUCUGCUAGGACACCUGUGUUAACUUGAGGGGAACAGAUUUCAUAUACAGUAUCCACUAAAAAUCAUUUUGACACUAGUUGGUUAAAAGUAAUUGGCUAAGAAUAGUUAAAUGGCUAAUAAAAGUUAAGUUAAUUCUGGGAACAGCUCAUUUAUUGAUAGAUGCCACUUGGUUUGAUAUUUUGUAAUCUAAUGCAAAGCCAUUCACACAUUUUAAGUCUGCUUAAAGGGACAGUUCACCCAACAAUUAAAAUUCUCUCAUCAUUUACUAACCCUUAUGCCAGCCAAGAUGUGUGACUUUAUUCCUUCUGCUGAACACAAAGACUUUUAGAAGAAUAUCUCAGCUCUGUUGGUCCAUGUAAUACAAGUACACGGUGGCCAGCAUUUUAAAGUCCAAAAAGCACAUAAAGGCAGCAUAAAAGUAAUCCAUAUGACUCCAGUGUUUUAAUCCAUGUCUUCAGAAGCGAUAUGAUAGGUGUGGGUGAGAAACUUAUCAAUAUUUAAGUCCCUUUUAACUUUAAAUCUCCACUUUCACUUCCACAUUCUUCAUCUUUUUUUUUUUUUUUGCCGAUUUGCAUUCUUAGUGCCAACACCUACUAAGCAGGGAGGAUAAUAUAUAUUAAAAAAGGACUUAAAUAUUGAUCCGUUUCUCACCCACAUCUAUCAUAUCGCUUCUGAAGAAAUUUAUUUAACCACUGGAGUCGUAUGGAUUACUUUUAUGCUGCCUUUAUUUGCUUUUUGGACCUUCAAAGAUCUGGUCACCAUUAACUUGCAUAGUAUGGACCUACAGAGCUGAGAUAUUCUUCAAAGAAUCUUCAUUUGUGUUCUGCAGAAGACAGAAAGUCUUAGACACCUAGGAUGGCAUGAGGGUUAGUAAAUGAUGAGAGCAUUUUGGGUAAACUAUCCCUUUAAGUGUCCAAGUAUAAUACUUUAUAUUGAGCCACUGGAUGUAUAUAUCAGAAUGAGUCUCGUGAUUGUAAAUUUCCAUUCUUAACAAAAUGCAUAUUGUGAUAGAGCUCUUUGCAUAGUCAACAAUCUUUUGUAUUUUAAAUAAAGCAGUGCUAUUUCUGAGACAAUCUACACCCUCCAAUAAGUUAAUGAGUCAACAUGUAUUAUCUUAUCAGUUACCUCUAAAACAACAAGGACCUGUUCUUUUACAGGCCAAGCCUCUCAUUACAAUGAAAUGCAUUCAAACAGAAUUUAUUUAUCUCCCAAGGUUAAAUAUUAAUUUAAGUGGAAAUCAGUGUUACAAAUGACUAAUUAUUUAUAAAAAAUCAUACAUUUCUAUUUACUUAAAAAAAACACUUUUCUGCUCAACAAAUUAAAAAUAAUGUCUAUUUUUCUUUCUUGUUCAUUGUUAUACACAAGUCAUACACUCAACACCUCAAAUUUCUCCUUCACAAUGACUCGUUACGGGGCCAUAAUUCAUGUAUUCUACAUAAAUAAUAUAUUGGAAAUAAGCAUAACCCUAUAAUGUACUUAAAAGUAAUUACAUUUAUUGAAAGUAAGUAACUAAUCUGAUUACAAGUGUUUAAAAUGUAAUGCAUUACACUACUUUUAUGACUUAAAAGUAAUUAGAUUACGUAAAUAAUUAUUUUGUAAUUGGAUUACACCCAACACUGUUGCAAAUGCCUUAAAGAAAUUACAGUAUAUAUUUUUUUUACAUUAUUGGCAAGUUAAAUCCCCACAUCUGUAACUAAAUCUAUAUUUUGAAGAUAAUAAAAUGCUGAUAGUUUUAGACAUUGCAAUUAUUGCUAUUGUGAAUUUUUUAAAAGGCAUUG